GUUCAAUUUUUUUCUGAUAGUGAACUUGAUUGUGUAAUGUUCGAAUUUUAAUUGAGGCAGGAUGAAACUCAAAUUAUUUUUUCAAUUCCUAUGUUUACAAAUUACAAUACAAUAUUCAAAUACUAGCUUCUUUGAUUCUACAAGAAGACAUUUUAAAAAUGUAAAACUUCAUACAAACAACAAUCAAACAUCAACAAUAAAUAAUAUAUCAAAAAUUAGUGAUAAGAGUUUCAAUGCUACAGCACCCCGUCGUCAAAACAAUAUUUUUGAUAAAAACAGUACAUCACAAUCAUUAUUGACUUGUGAGGAUUGUCCGCGACAAGCUGUCUGUGUUCCGUAUGUACAAUGUCCAGCACAUGUACGAGAUUUCCAUCGUAAACAACAAAUUGAAUGCCAUUUAACAAAGACCAAUCAAAUUGGGAUUUGUUGUUCAACAGGAAAAAAUUUUACAGAUUUUCAUGAGUUUAAAAAAUUAAGAACAGCUAGAAGCACAUUAGGCAUAAAAAAUGUUCGUUCAAUAGUAGAAUUAAGUUCAGAAGAAUUUAAAGCAUGGAAAAAUAAAGAAAACUUUGUGCAAAAUCACAAUGAAGCUAUUGUUCAAGAGGGUACACCCAGUUAUGGACACAAUCGAAUAUACAAAAGCGCACAUCAGAGUGAAUUAAGUAAUGUAGUACGCUUAGCAAAUAAGGCAUUAGAAAUUGCCUUAGCAACUAAAGCUUUGAAGAAAAGGGAAGCCAUUUCUAAUGAAGACAUUGAAUUAGAUGUAGCAAAUAAUAUUGAAACACCGUUUAAUGAAAAUUGUUUACCAUUCGUGAAAUGUGAUUUUAUUAAUAGUCCAUAUCGAACUGUGGAUGGGUCAUGUAACAAUGUAGCCAAACCUAGUUUGGGUUUAUUGUCUAGUCCAUUUUCCAGAUUGUUGCCUCCAGCUUAUGAUGACGGCAUUUGGUCGCCAAGAGUCUCAUCUAUAUCAGGCGAGCCAUUGCCAAGUGCUCGUGUCAUUAGUUCAAAUCUGUUUCGUGACGAUCGUGAAAAUCGCGAUGGCUUACAUUCGUUGUUGUUGAUGCAAUUUGGGCAGUUUUUAUCGCACGAUUUUACUAAAGCAUUUCAUAGUACAUUUGAAAAUGGAAGUGGAAUUGAAUGCUGCUCAUCAGAUAGGCGACGUGAAUUAAGAGAAGAGUUGCAGCAUCCUGCUUGUAUGCCAAUAAAAAUCGACAAUGAUGAUGUUUUUUUUAAACAUUUUGGUAUUAAAUGUAUGAAUUUUGUUCGAUCAUUUAUUACACCGCGAUCAGAUUGUACUAUGGGCUAUUCCCAACAAAUGAAUACCGUAACCCAUUUCAUCGAUGGAUCAAUGAUAUAUGGAUCAGAUCAUAGCACCUUUAAUGAUUUACGUGAAUUCCAAGGUGGUCGUUUACGCGUCUUCCAUGAUUUUGGCCGACAAUUACUUCCAUUAUCAAAUGAUUCGCAUGGUUGUAUUAUUAUGGAGAAAGGUGCAGCUUGUUUUGCAGGAGGUGACACUCGUUGUAAUCAAUUUAUUUUACUGACCGCUCUUCAUACUUUGUUUGUUCGUGAACAUAAUCGCAUAGCUGAUGAACUUGCAUUCAUGAACUUGAACUGGGAUGAUGAAACUGUGUUUCAAGAAACUAGAAGAAUUGUAAUUGCUGAAUUACAACAUAUAACUUAUAAUGAAUGGCUUCCAGAAAUUAUAGGUGAAGAGGCGAUGGCGGACUUCGAUUUAAGAGUUCGUCCAGAAUAUUCAUCAGAUUACAAUCCUAAUAGCGAUCCCUCAAUCUUAAAUGAAUUUUCAACAGCGGCUUUUAGAUUACACAGUUUGGUGGAUAGUAAAAUUGAAAUUUACGAAGACAAUGAUGAUAUGGAAGAAAUGAUUGAAAUUUCUGAUGUAAUGGAGUUACCUUCAAAAUUGCGCAAAAGGAAAUUUUUUGAUAGUGUAUUAAAUGCAAUGACACACCAGAAUAUGCAAAAAUUUGAUAGAAAUUUUGCUGAAGGAUUAACACGGUACAUGUUUCGAGGAGGUAAUCCCUUUGGUUUAGAUGUAACAAGCAUGAAUAUUCAAAGAGGAAGAGAUCACGGAUUACGUCCUUAUAAUGAUUAUCGACAAUUAGUUGGGUUACCACGGGUGGAUAGUUGGGAUUAUUUUGAUCCAGAAAUAGCUGAUAUCCUUAGUAAAUUAUAUCAAACACCAGAUGAUAUAGAUCUAUUUGUCGGAGGUAUUCUAGAACCACCAGAAUUUGGCUCUAUUGUUGGAAAAACAUUUCGUGAUAUAAUAGCAGAACAAUUUUCAAGAUUACGGCAAGGCGACCGAUAUUUUUAUGAGCAUAAUCCAAACAUAAAUCCUGGUUAUUUCACAAGAGAACAAUUACGUGAAAUUAAAAAAGUAACAAUGUCCCGAUUAAUAUGUGAUAACAGUGACCAUAUUUUAAUGAAGAAACAAACAAGUAAUGCUUUUCUGAUUCCAAAUCAAAUAAAUAAACACUUGGAUUGUGAAGAUUUAGGAAUUCCGAAAAUUAAUUUGUUCUUCUGGAGAGGUUAAUUUUUAUAUUAUUUUAUGAUUUUAAAUUUUUGGAUCGCC